ACACGUCUCUCCCUAUCCGUGGAUACCAGAGGCUGCAACGCCUUACGGGUACGCUGGAGCUCCUCUACCUAGGUCCACGUUUUGAAGCUCGCUUGACUGUUCUUGGCUCGACUAAGCCAUCUUCAGGCGUCAGCACCUACAGUCGAACUCGCUUAGACGGCUAUGUUGAAGCUAUUCGGGCCAUUCAACCUCGCCAAAACUUACAAUCACAGUAGCUCUGCUAGCCGCUGCAUCUCGCUAUCCGGACUGCAUGUGAUGGAUGCAACCCCGUUCAAUUCAUCCCAUCUUCAUCCCGCACUUUCACGCUCUCCCCCAACUUCUCCCCAUUCCAUCCAACUUUUUUUUCCCUCCCCCAAGUUUCCCCCAUCAUCUAUCCUCCAAUCCCCCGGCCCCGGCCCCAAAUGGGACAAUGCUCGGUGGUACUCGAUGCGCUAACUGCCUUCAGGUCCCUCUAUUCGGAGCCUACUAUGGUAGACACUUCGUCUUGGUGUUCAGUUUGGCCGAGUUCCUGUCCGUUGUGGAUCGCCUCACAUGCACUUUCAGACGCCGUGCGUCUCUGUUUCUCUCCGCCUGGAGAUAUCGGGGUCUCCAAGCAACCCCAUAUCUCCAGCUUUACGAAGCCGGUACCCAAUCACGACGUUGCUUCCGCCAGAUCGCGCGCCUGCUCGUCUGAUUCCGCGGGUGCUUUCGGGGCUCCGCGCUCAUCGUCCAACUCACAAGCCGUACGAAACAGCCGUACGAAGACACCGCCUAUAGGUAGUCGAAAGAGUCACGUCGUACCACCACCCCACCCGAGUCAGCGUGUGUUACUGUUAACAGGGCCCAAAGUCCGAAUGACCAACAAGUUUUCCCUCCAGGCACUCCAGAUUUGGGCUCCCUCCCCCCCGGGGCCUGUCGCCAGUGGGUGCCUUCCGAGCCAUCCCUGGUCGGCCUCCGUACCCAGGUGCUUACUUUUACCUGUCACGGCCGUGAUAUCGGCCCGUCUUUGAUGACGGCCCCAUUCAACCAUGCCCGAAAUCACGACAGCGGCCU